GAAGGUUCAUUGAGCCUUAUCCUAGUUCCCUAGCCACCAGUUCCUCAGGCGCAUUUCUGAAGGGGGCGAGGCAAGUCUUCCUGUCAGGCUCAUUCAGUGUGUGGAGUCGCAGCCGGUUCCUGUCACCUUCCCUGAGCUCACACCCUAUCUGGGUGUCACACCCCCUUCCUCUGGGUGACUACAGGCGGCUGGAGAGCCUAACAUGGCCAAGAACACGCUGUCUUCACGUUUCCGCAAGGUGGACAUAGAUGAGUACGACGAGAACAAAUUUGUUGAUGAUCAGCUGCAGGAGGAACCGGUGGAGCCUCAGGGGCCUGACGAGGCCGAGGUGGACAGUCUGAUCAGACAAGGGGACUUGCUCCGAGCAUUCCAAUCUGCCUUAAUAAAUUCUCCUGUUAACUCCAAGAACCAAGUAGUGAAGGAACGAACCCAGGCAAUCGUACUCAAGGUCCUGACGUCAUUCAAAAGCAACGAGAUUGAGAAAGCAGUAAACACACUGGACCUAAAUGGGGUUGACCUCCUCAUGAAAUACAUCUACAAGGGGUUUGAAAAACCUACAGAGAACAGCAGUGCCAUAUUGCUACAGUGGCAUGAAAAGGCAUUAGUAAUAGGAGGCAUUGGAUCCAUAGUCAGAGUUCUUACUUCACGGAAAACUGUGUAAAAGACUGUACUAGCUGAAUCCAGAAGUUGUGUUCCAGGAUCCAGAGCUGUGAAGGAAGAGUGGAUGCAAUGACCCACCUGUCUGCAGAGUGCUAUCUAUUCAACGGAUUGGGAAUGCUUCUUAUUAUGGACUAUGGACGAAACACGAAUGUAUGUUUGUUUAAUGGGCUAUAUUUUGUUCCAAGCACCAGUCCUCUUUAGCACGGCGAUACCAUGCACAAUUGAUGAAGAUUUACAAAAGGGAGGGGGAAGUGGUCUAUUUAUGCACAUGGCAAGGAACAAGUAGUUGUCUCCACCAUAGAUGGACAGCUAAUUCCGGAGCUGCAGCAGUAUAAAAUGAUCCCAGCUCUGACUCCAUCAAUUCUCCUCUGAAAUACAACUGUUCACAAUAAAAUAGUAGUUUAGCCGGAAGGAUCUGCUAAAACGAAACGGGGACUGGUGGCUUUUAUUUCCUUAACUUGUACAUACAGGAUUUUAGAAGUUCCAUGAUUUUGGUCUUACUUGAAAACGAAAAUAAUAUUUUAAAAAAAAGUUUAACCCCAUUUACUGCCAGAGAGGUCAGCAACACUGUGCCGUACCCUCAGUUCUUACCUCACUGGCAGGGGAAGGGUGGAACCGUUAGUGGUGGGGGAGUAAGAUACAUGUUUGUGUUGUUCAGCCUUUGUUUUGCAGUCUCACUGGGGCGUUUUUGGUAUUUUGUCCUACCACUGGGUGGCGCUGCUCUACUGAUACCUGUAAACUUUAUUAAAUUACAACUUCCAUGAGUGAAGUAUUGAAAAAA